AUGGAGGAGUACAUUUUCUUAUUGAUUCUUCUCUUUCUACUUCAAUUUUCUGUAUCAUUUGCAACCUCAAAUGAGACAGACCAACAAGCUCUACUAGCUUUCCAAAAUCUUAUUACAAGUCCUAGUCAUUUUUUGGCCAACAAUUGGACCAACAAUACUUAUUUUUGCUCUUGGUUUGGUGUCACUUGCACUUCAAAAACCCAAAGGUUUGGGGCCUUGACUCUUCCUAAUUUGCAACUUCAAGGCACAAUAUCCCCGUUUUUGGCCAAUUUGUCCUUCCUCGAUGUUCUCAAUCUUGGGAACAACAACUUCCAUGGUGGGAUCCCUUAUGGACUUGGCCACUUGCCUUGCUUGCGAGUGAUUGAUGUUCAAAACAAUCAGCUAGAAGGAAGUAUUCCAACAAGUCUAUUUCAACACCAGAAAGUUCAAGUUAUUUCAUUGGGCUUCAAUAAACUCGGUGGUGAAAUGUGGAAAGGGCCAUGUUUGUAUGGAAAUAGAGUUGGUGGCAACAUUCCAAAGGAAAUUGGUAAUCUGAGACAACUUGAAUUUUUGUCCUUGGUCGAUAAUCAAUUAACAGGUUUCGUAACUGCAACAUUGUUUAAUAUCUCAUCACUUCGUGUCCUAUCUCUUGGAAUCAAAAGACUUUCUGGUCCUCUCUUGCUUGAUGAAAGGAAUAUUGUGUCAAAUAUAGAGUUUCUAAGUAUAUCUAACAACCAAAUUUCUGGCUGCAUUCCUUCCAACAUAUGCCAACUCACAAAGCUCAAAGUCUUGUCCAGAGCUUUCAACAACAUAACUGGAGAAAUACCCAGAAAUAUUGAUUGUUUAUCCAAACUUGAACAGUUUCUUAUUGGUGAUAAUCCAAUAGAAGGGACUAUCCCCACUUCAUUGGGAAAUAUAUCCACUCUUCAAUAUAUUUAUUGUGGAAACAAUCGCAUAGUGGGGAAAAUUCCCCAAGAAUUAGGGAAGCUAUCAAAUUUGAGGCAAUUAAACUUUGCCUCUAAUUAUAAUCUUAUUGGUCAAAUUCCAGAGGCUAUUUUUAACAUAUCUUCUUUGGAAAUCAUUGAUUUCAAUUUCAAUAGCCUCUCAGGUAGAAUUCCAGUCACUACAGGUCUUCAUCUUCCAAACCUUAAAGUACUUGAGUUGGGAGCCAAUCAGAUCAACGGGGAAAUUCCAUUGUUCAUAACAAAUGCUUCCAAGAUUGAGAAACUGGUACUAGCACGGAACUUUCUCACGGGCGCUAUUCCUAAUAAUUUAGGAAAUCUUCGUGAGUUGCGAUUACUAAUGUUGAAAUAUCUAGAAGUAGGUUCCAAUCCGUUGAUUGGCAUUCUUCCCAAUUCUAUUGGGAAUCUUUCAUCUACUGUUGAAUACUUUGAAAUAGGAUAUGCACACAUCAACGGCCUCAUCCCCAUAAGUAUAGGCAACAUUAGCGGCCUUACAGCCUUGUACUUUGAAGACAACAACUUGGCAGGGAAUAUUCCUUCUGAGAUUGGUUUGGUUGAUAAUGAGCUACCUAGAUUAAUUCCAGAAUGCUUAGGUAAUCUUAGCAUGCUUCAAAAGCUUUAUUUGGGUUCUAAUAAAUUUUUAUCAAAAAUUCCCUUGAGCCUUUGGAAGAUGAGUAGCCUUCUCUAUCUUGACGUGUCACAUAAUUCAAUAGAGGGAAAAGUUCUCGAGGAUAUUGGAGGACUGAAGGCCAUUGUAGAACUACAUCUUUCCGGUAACCACUUUUCAGGCAUGAUACCAAGCAGAUUCGGGGAACUCCAAAACCUGCAGUCUCUUGACCUGUCGAACAAUUCAUUUUUUGGACAAAUUCCAUCUUCCUUUUCCAACUUGAUAAGCUUGGAAUUCUUGAAUUUGUCUUUAAAUGCAUUCUCAAGUACUAUUUCUAUGUCUUUGGAAAAACUUUCAUCCCUUAAAAGCAUUAAUGUUUCAUUUAAUGAUUUAAAAGGUGAAAUACCUAGUGGCGGUGUGUUUGCAAAUUCCACACUACAAUCAUUUCUCGGGAACAAAGGUCUAUGUGGAGUGCACAUAUUGGAGAUUCCUGCUUGUGCUAUCACUAAUCCUGGACAACAAUCAAAGCUUAAGGAGGUUGUGCUAAAAAUUGUUUCUCCGAUGGUUAUUUCAUCCUUUCUCAUAUUCUUGUUGGUUUCAAUUUGGAUAAUGAAACGACAAAAGAAAGGAAAGUCCAAAGAUGUGGAGAAGGCUUUAGAGAUCAAAACUCAUCAAUUGAUUACUUAUCACAAGAUUCAACAAGCAACAAAUAAUUUUGAUGAAUCCAAUUUAAUUGGUGUGGGAAGUUUUGGCUCUGUGUACAAAGGCACAUUAUCUGGGGGGAAGUGUAGUGGCAAUAAAGGUUCUAGACUUGGAAAAUGA